AUGGCAUUGUGGUUCUAUAUUCUUGCAACCAUUUGUCUAUGUAUAUCUUUUCAAGCACUUCUCAAAGUAAACCGCAACAAAAGGUUACCACCAAGCCCUCCUACCAUACCCAUCAUAGGUAACAUAUUUUGGCUCCUUAAGUCAUCAAAAAAUUUUGCUGAUCUUGAACCCGUUCUUCGCUCUCUACGUUCCAAGUACGGUAACAUUGUUACCAUCCACAUUGGAUCUACCCCUUCAAUUUUCAUAACAUGUCAUGAAGCUGCUCAUAGAGCACUUGUUAAAAAUGGCACUGUAUUUGCUGGUCGUCCUUUGGCUCUUAAAACCACCCAAGUUUUCUUCCCUAACCAAUACACUGUUACUACUUCUCCAUAUGGCUCCAAUUGGCGAAUGUUGCGCCAAAACUUAAUGCAAAUAAUUCAACCUUCUAAGUUAAAGUUAUAUUCUCAUUGUCGUAAGUGGGCAUUUGAUGUAUUAAAGAAACAUAUUUUAGAUGAAAUUGAGUCGGGCAAUAAGGAGAUUACAAUUAAUGGUUAUUUGAAUUACACAUUGUAUGCUUUAUUUUCAUAUAUAUGUUUUGGAGAGAAAUUUGAUGAGAAAACCAUUAGGGAUAUUCAAAGGGUACAACACGGUUUUGUUCACAAUUUCAUUAGGUUCAACGUGCUGAAUUUCGUGCCACUCUUGUCUAAGAUUGUGUUUAGAAGACUGUGGAGAGAGAUCUUGGAAAUUCGUGAAAAUCAGGUGAAUGUGUUACUCCCUAUCAUAAAAGCACGCCACGAGAAAAUGAAUAGCAAGGUUGGUAUUGAAGAUGACAAUGAAGAAGAGUUCAAGGCUUAUGUGGAUACCCUUUUUGAUAUGAAGCUUCCAAGCAAUGGAAGCAAGCUAACGGAUGAAGAGUUGGUGAGUGUGUGUGCUGAGUUUAUGUUAGGUGGCACGGAUACAACAGUUACCACUUGGGAAUGGACCAUGGCGAAUUUGGUGAAGUACCAACACAUACAAGAGAAACUGUUUGAGGAAAUUAAGGAAGUUGUGAAACCUGAUGAAGACAUUGAGGAGGAACAUUUGAAGAGGAUGCCUUAUUUAAAGGCUGUAGUGUUAGAGACUUUAAGGAGACACCCUCCGGGGCAUUUUAUAUUGCCUAGGGCAGUUACACAGGACAUUGUUAUGGAUGGUUAUCAUAUACCAAAAAAUGCAAUUGUGAAUUUUCUUGUAGCAGAAUUUGGGUGGGAUCCAAAUGUGUGGGAAGAUCCUAUGGAGUUUAAGCCUGAGAGGUUUUUGAGGCAUGACGAAGGUGAUGCUAAGUUUGAUCUGAAAGGGACUACAGAUAUUAAAAUGAUGCCUUUUGGUGCAGGAAGGAGAGUUUGUCCUGCAAUUAGUAUGGCAACUCUUCACCUUGAGUAUUUUGUGGCCAAUUUGGUGAGGGAUUUUAAGUGGACACUUGAAGAGGGGUGUGAGGUUGACAUGAGUGAGAAGCAGGUCUUCACUAUUGUGAUGAAGAAUCCUUUGAGGCCAUGUGUGUCUCCAAGAAUUAAUCACUUAAAGACAAGUAUAUAG